CAGGCUUUGGGGAGGGAAUCUGGGUAGAUGCAAACUACAGGUGUCCUUUGAAGUGAAGACAGGAGGUUUAAUCUUAGGCUGAGGUCCUCCAGAGAUACUAGACUCAAGUCUAUUCAGAAGGCAAGGCCAGGAUAUGGGCCUGGUGGGCUUUGGGGCAUGGGCACCAUCCAGAAUGAAGGUGUCUCCUGUCCACUUUGAUAAGAGAGGCCUGAGGAGGAGGCAGAGAAGCCCCGUUGCAGGAUCUACCUCUGCUCCCCCUCCACUGUGACGCUGGUCUCUUUUCCUGAGAACGCAGUGGGGGGACAGUCCUUUCUGCAAGUCUGGGGUGGGACUCUGUACAGAGCCAGGAACUCAAGGGGCUUGCCUGUGAGAUGGUGAACUCCUGUCCCAAGUAUGCCAACUAGUGUUGGGGUACACCUGAACGAUGUGGGACUUGAGGCUACUGUGGUGGGGACAGCUGAACCACCUGGUGCUGGACAGUUGUCUCCAGGGCAGAGGGAGGGAGAUGAACUGAAUACCCAACUGUCUGCAUCUCCAGGAGGUGAGAUGGCAGCUGGGCAAAAUGGGCACGAAGAGUGUGUGGGCAGCGCAUACCUGUUUGUGGAGUCCUCGCUGGACAAGGUGGUCCUGUCGGAUGCCUACGUGCACCCCCAGCAGAAGAUGGCAGUGUACAGGGCUUUGCAGACUGCCUUGGCAGAGAGCGGUGGGAGCCCGGACGUGCUGCAGAUGCUGAAGAUCCAUCGCAGCGACCCGCAGCUGAUCGUGCAGUUGCGAUUCUGUGGGCGCCAGCCCUGCAGCCGCUUCCUCCGCGCCUACCGCGAGGGGGCGCUAUGCGCCGCGCUGCAGAGGAGCCUGGCGGCCGCCGUCUCCCAACACUCGCUAUCGCUGCAACUGGAGCUGCGCGCCGGCGCCGAACGGCUGGACGCUUUGCUGGCGGACGAGGAGUACUGUUUGAGUUGCAUCCUAGCCCAGCAGCCCGACCGGCUCCGGGACGAAGAACUGGCUGAGCUGGAGGAUGCACUGAGGAACCUGAAGUGCGGCUUGGGGGCCCAGGGUGGCGACAGGGAGGUCUCUUUGGACCCCUCUCAGCUCCCCGUGCCCUCUCUGUCGGAGGUGAAGCCGCGGCCGCCUCCAACGCCUGCCCAGACUUUUCUGUUCCAGGGUCAGCCUGUAGUGAACCGGCCGCUGAGCCUGCAGGACCAACAGACGUUCGCACGCUCCGUGGGCCUAAAGUGGCGCAAGGUGGGGCGCUCGCUGCAGCGGAGCUGCAGAGCGCUGCGGGACCCGGCGCUGGACUCGCUGGCCUAUGAGUACGAGCGCGAGGGGUUGUAUGAGCAGGCCUUCCAGCUGCUGCGGCGCUUCGUGCAGGCCGAGGGCCGCCGCGCCACGCUGCAGCGCCUGGUGGAGGCACUUGAGGAGAAUGAGCUCACCAGCCUGGCAGAGGACUUGCUGGGCCUGACUGAUCCCAAUGGCAGCCUGGCCUAGACCAGGGGUGCCGCCAGCUUUUGGAGAACCUGGAUGGCCCUAGGGUUCCUUCUGCUGCUAUUGCUGAACCCUUGUCCAUCCACGGGACCCUGAGAUCCCACUUGGCCUAUCUGCUGGACCUGCUGAGGCAGGGUUGACUGCCUUCCCCAGGAGCCAGACCAGCACCCACCGAGCCCCCUGGGGGUGCACCAUUGGGGAUUCUGCCUCAGGUACUUUGAUAGAGUGUGUGGGGGACCUGCUUCGGAGAUCAGCCUCACCUGUAAGGGUUAUUGCCGAGUUUAGAAAGAGGAAACUGAGGCCAGUAUAAGAAAAUUAAAUGCCAAUUUAUUCAG